AGUGAGCAUGCGUGGCGGCAGCUGCCUGUCAGUCAGUUAGCCUCUUGCUGUUUUUGCGCGGGCCUUAGUUGAGGGGAGCCGGCAGGACACACGUCAGAGAUUGGCGGUGUGCUGUGGUGACGGGUUGCAAAUCGUAAGCAUUUUUGCCAUGUUUUGGAAUCUGCGUCUUCGGAGAUGUGUCCUGGUGCUGCAACUUUGUCUGCUGGGUUUUGCCUGCCUUAUGUGUGCCAGCACAGAAGCCUUGUCGCAGUCUUCCAUCACGGCAGACUCCUUCCUGCAGGACCUCUUCCUCCGGUAUGGCGAACAUGACAAGCUCACUUUGCAGCAGCUAAAAUCCCUGUUGAAUCGCCUUGAUGUGGGAGUUGGACGGGACAAUAUUAGCCGCACAGAGCAGCAGCGUAGAAACCUCUCCUGGUGCUUCAGUUCCUCAGAGCUCUUUGCCACUCACAAUCUGAGUGAAGGGUCCCACCUUGGCCAGAGCAAGUUCCAAGAGUUCUGCCCAACUAUCCUGCAGCAGCUGGAGACAAGGGCAUGCAUGUCGGAGAACCUAGAGAAUGAAGAAGAUGAGAGAACGGAGGAGGGGAAGCCCAGUUCUGCAGAAGUCUGGGGCUUUGGUUUUCUCAGUGUUUCGCUGAUUAACCUGGCCUCCCUCCUUGGCGUCUUCAUCGUACCCUGCACCAAGAAGGUCUUUUUCGCCCGAAUCCUAACUUAUUUCAUCGCGCUCUCCAUCGGAACGCUGUUCUCUAACGCACUGUUCCAGCUGAUCCCAGAGGCCUUUGGAUUCAAUCCUCGGGAAGAUGAUUAUGUCUCCAAAUCUGCUGUCGUCUUUGGGGGCUUUUACCUGUUCUUUUUCACAGAGAAAAUACUGAAGAUGCUUCUCAAGCAGAAAGACACGCAUCAUCACGGGCACAGCCACUACAGCACUGAGACUCUUCCUUCCAAGAAGGACCAGGAAGAGGGGGUCACUGAGAAACUGCAGAAUGGUGACUUGGAUCACAUCAUCCCUAACAAGAAUGGCGAUCUGGAAUGCAAGAAUCCAUCUGUUGAUGAGAAAAUUGUUGCCUCCUUGUCUGUUCAGGACCUCCAAGCUUCUCAAAGCACAUGUUAUUGGCUGAAGGGUGUGCAUUACUCUGACAUUGGCACCCUGGCCUGGAUGAUCACCCUGAGUGAUGGCCUCCACAAUUUCAUUGAUGGUUUGGCAAUUGGUGCCUCCUUCACCGUAUCAGUCUUUCAGGGGAUCAGCACUUCUGUGGCCAUUCUUUGUGAAGAAUUUCCCCAUGAGCUAGGUGACUUUGUCAUUCUACUGAAUGCUGGGAUGUCAAUUCAGCAAGCACUCUUCUUCAACUUCAUCUCAGCUUGCUGCUGCUACCUGGGGCUAGCCUUUGGGAUAUUGGCUGGCAGUCAUUUCUCUGCCAACUGGAUCUUUGCUCUUGCUGGUGGAAUGUUUCUCUACAUUGCAUUGGCUGAUAUGUUCCCAGAGAUGAAUGAAGUCAGCCGAGAAGAUGAAAGGAGUGGCAGUGCUCUGAUUGCCUUUGCCAUCCAGAAUGCAGGACUGCUGACGGGAUUCACCAUCAUGGUGGUGCUCACCAUGUACUCAGGACAAAUCCAGCUUGGAUAGAGACAUGCAUCUUGCUAGCCGCAAGUGUAUGGACUAUGCAAAGCAUAGCAUCUCGCCAAGGAUUACAGAAAGGAGCACUUUGAUUAGGCCUGCUUCAUAGACUGCUUAUUGACUGACCAGCAGUGGCUAAUGAAACUCCUCACUGUAGGAUUAAGUGACCUAAGGAACAUUUCCUAGUGCAGCAACAGCUUUCCCCCACUCCUUUUCUCCUUCACCUUCUGAUGAACUUGAGGGAUCCGAGGGCAACAGGAAGGUUCUAGUUUCUUUUAAGGGCCCCAACCAGAAGGAUUCAAAUCAUUGCAUCCUUCUUGGACUGGCAGCGGACUAUAAUGUGCAAAUUCCUGUGCCGGUGGUUUUGAAAGCAGAGAGCUCUUCCCUCCCCUCAAUGCCCAAAUUGCUGAAGAGAGUAGUAUUUUAGAGUUUUAAACUGAAUAUCAGUGUUUAGUCGGUUGGUUAGUGCGAUUUCAAAGGUGCCUCAAUUUUAAAAAGGAUAAUCUGGCUGCACACUAAAAAUAAAAUAAAUAUUUUAAAUAAUACAAGAACUUACAAAAACAUGAGUGGCAGGUACCCUCUUGAAAAAAGCAUUUCUUUCUCUGUGUGAGAAAAGGUGCUUGCCACAGCACAUGCAUGUAUAAUUUAAAUAUUUUUCUUCUAAAAUGCUGUUCUUCACACACAUUUAUGCAAGUUUAAUAGAUCGAAUAAGAUUUGUAUGAUUUACCUAAGAUUUCAUUGAUCUGGUAGCAGCAUUAGUUGUGAACCCAUUUGGAGCAUAUGAAUGACUGUCCCACAGGUUAGGGUUUUUGGGGCCAUUUUAACUCCAUUCUCCCAUAUUAUGUUUUUAAGAGUUCCCUUUUUCCAUGGACACUGAGGGACAAGAUCUGCCUUCCUCUUAAUUUCUUCUGUCUUCCUUCAAAUGUUUCACAUACACGCUGGCCCACUGAGCUGCUUCUCUCGUAAGUGAGCUUCUGUAGGGUAAAUUUGGCCAGGGGUGCAUGUAUUUAUGUCUGGCAAUAUCUGAGACGUAAAACAGUUGAGUUGCAUUCUCUGGUUAAUGAGAAGGCCUUGGAGCAGUCUAUGAAAGUGAACCCCAGAUUUGGAGAGGGGACAGGUUUGUCUUAAGGAGGUUUACUCCAGGAUUAGAUUUCCCCAGAGUCACUAGGUGAACCGAUCUAUGAUUAUCAUAUUGAUAAUGUCCCUUCAGUUUAAGUUUAGUGAAUUUUCUGUCUCAUGCAUUCUCUUUAAGAAUUUGUAUGUGUGUGUCUAAUCAAGAAAAGGAAAGGCUAGUUCUUUGACAGAGAAUGGUCCUUCCUUAGUUUGACUGCUAGAGUUUUUAUCGUUUUGGCCAAUGUCUCUGUAUCUGCACACUCUGUCUUGAUGCAUAAUGGAACAUAUGUUGACGUUCUCUCUCCUUCCCUCUCCCAAAUUAGUUUGUGAUGUAGAAAACAGUUGGAUUGCUUCCAUUAGGUUCUCCUGCUAUGGGAAGGCUGUAUAGAAGCUUGAUUCCACUCCCACCAGGGCCCAGAUAGUUUUGUGCCUGAGGUGGCAAAUCCAAAUCCAGUUGUUCCCCUGCAACUAAGUAACAUGGUACCAACAAGGAUGUUCUCCUGCACAAAUUAAUGGAAACUUCUCAAGAGCCCUUAAUAGGAUGCCCAACUUUUGCUUCCUCACUUUGUCUCAUUGUAAGGCUGCCAUUUCCUUAGCACAAAUCAUAGUAAAACUGAAAGACCUGUGUAUGUAUUAGCCUGAGUAUAACAAGCUCCUGCUUGAUAUUCCUUCCAAGCAAAAUGUCAAUUGACUAGAAAAGAGUAGGCAUUACCAAGAGUAGGGCAUGGUCCAUGGGUAGAAUAUAGGUUUUGCAUUUCCAGUAAUGGAUGGGUUAGCCAUACCAACCAGGCUUGGCAAUUCUAACAACCUGGCAGCAGCAUUCACACUGUGAUUAAGUGGGAGACUGCUGAAGAUGUGCGCCCCUGUACUUUUGAAAGUUCAGCUUCUUGUAAUAGUAAACAGGCACCAAUUUGAAUUUUGCCAGGAAGUUGCAUUGCAAAAUGCUGUGUUACCUUUUAGAGGAUCCCAGUAGCAUUGUGUUACUAGCACAGUUGGUCCUAAUAUAAUCUAGAUUAUUUAGAUUUAUGUUCUUAUAGGAGAAAAACUUUUUGACCAUCACUUUUUAGUUUAUCUUAUAUAUGUAUGAAUAAGCCUGAACUCGGAUAUGGUCAUUCAGACCUUCUGAUGGAGUUUUAGUCUUCUCCUCCAUGGCAUGUUAAAAGAAAAUACCAAAAAGGAAAGACAUCCCUUGUUCCUUAAAAGGCCAGAACUGAAUAGCCCAACACAAUCCCUGAUCUUUUGACUUGAAAACAGAUUGAUUAGGUAGGACGUGGUCAUUCCAACAUCAUCCUUCAUGGUUUUUAUUCAGGAAUUAACCUUUUUGAACAAAGGCAACAAAUUCCCAGACUAGUAGUGAGAAGGCGAUUCUUUAACCAUUAAAAUAGCUGCUGCUUCCUUAAAUACAGCAGUACUAAAUUCUGACCUAGCCAUCUGUAUGUUAAGAUUACUCCUAAAAUAAGUCCAGUAUUGAAACUGAAUAGAAACCUGAUAUUUGUUUAGUAUCUUCAUCUCAAUAAUAGAGAUUUCCAUUCUCAGCAGCUUCUAGCUGUUUAAUAUAAUAUUUCUAUAGCCUCAAGUCCCCUUUUGGUGUGUAGCUGAGUUAAUUAAAUUUAUUUUGUGGCCAAAGGGUUUCAGUCUCUUCUGACAGCUGGGACAAUGUAUGAAAGUAAUUAUGAGAUCACCUACUCAAUUUGUCAUGUGCAGCCUGAUCAUCAGAAGCUAGUCCUUCUGAGUUCAUUGGGGCUUACUCUCAGGGAAGUGUGCAUAGGACUGCAGCCUCAAUACUUAUGGAGCUUAAGGAGGCUGUGGAUGCAGUUAAUGUGCAUGUAAUUUUAAAGGAUACACACAGAAAGCACUGUCACUACACUUAUGCCAGAAUCAUUUAACCUUUGAGGGAAGAGAAUGAGAGGGGGAAAAGCAAAACUGACCAGGCUAUGAGCAAACUUUGGUUUUUAUUUGUAUCUUUAAUAUAUUUGGUUUUUUUUUUAAAUCCCCCCAUCUCAGUAUUUGAAUAACUCAGGUGUUGUAAGAAAACUUGUUGAAACAAAGAACAUAACUUAUGUCUUGUGGCUUGUAAAGUUGUUUGUAAGUUCCAUAAAUAAACUAUAUUCUGUGAUGACA